AGCAGAUGGUGCUGUGCUUGGCUUGGCUGCGACUGAUUGACAGCUGCUCUCCGCCAAUAGGCUGCCUAGGAAACAGCUGACCGGUGUGGCCAGCGCCAGGUGUUUUUUUUUUUUUUAUCAUUUGUGUGUUUUCUUUCCGUCGGGGUGCUAGCAGGGUGACAAUUGGCUCGGUGGAGGCUAGCGGCAGGUCGGCUCAUCUCUCUGCUGGCCGCCAUGCAUCCCGGAGGCUGAUAAGAGGAAUACACGCUUCACUCUGCUUUUGUUGUUGACAAUAAGUGCAGCUUUAUUAUUAUUAUUAUUAUUAUUAUUAUUUGGUGGCUACGGGCUGCCCUUUUGGGAUGAAGGAUCUCCGCCUUUAUGACAUUGACAUGGGACGACAACAAGAGUCUUCUUCUCCAUAAUCCUGCUAUUGAGGACACAAUUUGGAUUCAGAACUUGGUACUUUGACUCGACUCAAGAUUCAGUGAAAGAUCUGGUUGAUGCCUGUUUGGUACUCUCACCAAAAGUCAUCCGCCCUGCAACCUCUCGUUCCACAGCAUGGCUAGAUGGAGGUUAGAUUGCUUUGGUCCAGGCCAGAUGUUGGCCGUACUGAUUGUGGUAUCAACGAGGGCGUCCAAUGUCCAAAGCAGCGAUUGUCCCCAGCUGUGUGUGUGUGAGAUCCGACCCUGGUUCACCCCGCAAUCCACAUACAGAGAAGCUAUCACUGUAGACUGCAAUGACCUUCAUUUGACACGCAUCCCAGGGAACCUCUCCAGUGAUACUCAGGUUCUUCUUCUGCAAAGUAACUACAUCGCCAGGACCAGCGAGGAGCUGGAGCAGCUUUUCAACCUCACCGAGCUGGACCUAUCCCAGAACAACUUUAGUAAUAUUCGUGAUGUUGGCCUCGUCAAUAUGUCACAGCUCACAACGCUGCAUUUGGAAGAGAACCAAAUCACAGAAAUGCCCGAUUUCUGUCUGCAAGACCUCAGCAAUCUCCAGGAGCUCUACAUUAACCACAACCACAUUAAUACCAUCUCCGCAAACGCUUUCUCUGGACUGCACAAUUUGCUAAGGCUGCACCUCAACUCCAACAAGCUCAAGACCAUCAACAGCCAAUGGUUUGAAUCAACGCCAAAUCUCGAGAUCCUCAUGAUCGGGGAGAAUCCUGUUAGCGGAAUUCUGGAUUUUAACUUCAAGCCUCUGGGGAACCUGAGAAGCUUGGUCUUGGCGGGGAUGGAUUUGACAGACAUUCCUGGAAAUGCAUUUGUGGGUCUGGACAACUUGGAAAGCCUCUCGUUCUAUGAUAACAAGCUGGUUAGAAUUCCCCAAAAAGCCCUUCAAAAACUCCCUAAUCUCAAAUUCUUGGAUUUAAACAAGAAUCCCGUGCAUAAGAUUCAGGAAGGAGAUUUCAAGAACAUGCUAAGGCUAAAAGAGCUGGGUAUAAACAACAUGGGUGAGUUGGUUUCCAUCGACCGCUAUGCUCUGGAUAAUCUUCCUGAGCUCACUAAGCUGGAAGCGACAAACAAUCCCAAGUUCUCCUUCAUCAACAGUCACGCCUUCCAUGAUGUCCCGGCCUUGGAGAGUUUAAUGCUCAACAACAACGCCCUCAAUGCCCUCUACCAGUCCACUGUGGAUUCUCUUCCCAACCUGCGUGAGAUCAGCGUCCACAGCAAUCCCUUUCGUUGCGACUGUGUGAUUCAGUGGAUGGCCGUCAACAAAACCACCGUCCGUCUCAUGGAACCUUUAUCCAUGUUUUGUGCCAUGCCGGCAGAGGUCAGGGGUAGGCAUGUGCAGGAGGUUCUGCAGAAGAACUUGGCAAACCGGUGCUUGCCUAUGAUUAGCCACGAUACCUUUCCCAGUCACUUCAACGCAGAUAUUGGUUCUACUGUAGACCUGGACUGCAGAGCCGUUUCCCAGCCUGGGCCAGAAAUCUACUGGGUGACACCGACGGGGAACAAGAUCACGAUGGACACCCCGUCCGACAAGUACAGCCUCAGCGAUGAAGGGACGUUGAGGAUCUCACAUAUUCAAAUCGAAGACUCCGGAAGGUACACCUGCGUGGCUCGGAAUUCCGAAGGAGCAGACACCAGAGUGAGCGCAAUACGUGUGAACGGAACGCUGUUGGACAGCACCCAGCUCAUGAACAUUUACGUCAAACAGGCAGAGUCCCACUCCAUCCUCGUCUCCUGGAAGGUCAACUCCAAUGUCAUGACCUCCGACCUGAAGUGGUCAUCCGCCACCAUGAAAAUAGACAACCCGCAUAUCACAUACACCGCCAAAGUACCCGUGGAUGUCCACGAGUACAACCUGACGCAUUUGCAACCGGCGACCGAGUACGAGGUUUGCCUCACCGUCUCCAACGUUCACCAACAAACACAGAAGUCGUGCGUGAACGUGACCACAAAACAAACCACCUUCGCCGUCGAGGUGUCCGACCAUGUGACCAACAAUGCUCUCGCCGCCGUUAUGGGGACGAUGUUUACGAUCAUCAGCCUGGCGUCUUUGUGUGUGUACAUCGCCAAGAGGUGGAAAAGGAAAAACUACCAUCAUUCCUUGAAAAAGUACAUGCAGAAAACGUCAUCGAUACCGUUGAAUGAACUCUACCCUCCGCUCAUCAACCUGUGGGAGGCGGACACUGAAAAGGAGAAGGAGGGCUCCUCCGAGAGCAAAGUCAGCCAAGUGGACACCACGCGGAGCUACUACAUGUGGUGAAAGCGACCGCUCUUUUUAUGACGGACAUGUAUAUGUCACGGGCACAUCGGGUUUAUGUGCAUGUCAACGGAAGCUACCUUAUCUUCGUCAUGCUUUUUUCUUUGCUUCUCUGUCUCGCACAUUCGGGCUCCUUAGUUGAACACGUUGCCUUUUUAACCCCUGUCUUAUUUCGGCAGGCGCUGGCAGCUUUUCUUUGUCUGACUGAAUCAAGUAGACACUUUAGUUUUAUUUUUAGUACGGGUUAUGAGAACGCAGCAUGAGAUCUUGUCACAGUUUCAGUAGACGUGUUAAUUCCACACUUUCUAAUCUAACUUUGUUUCCCUAGCAGGAGUUUCUCUUGUGAAGCAGUUUCACUAUUGACUGUUGUGCACUGAAAUAUAUACAAUGACAAUAAAGGUAUCUUUAGACUUGAUAUGCUGUCUAUUGAACAACGUUAGCGGUUUUCAUGUCAUGUUGUAUCAAUGACGUCAUUUCCUUUUUGUACAUUGAUAAUCAUGUUUGCUUUAGACUUUGCAGGGUAAUUGAACCUGUAAACCAGCAACAGAAACACGAAUGUUCUCAAUUAGGUGAAUUGAUGUACUGUACAAAAAGUAAGGCUUUCUACAUCUUGAAUAUUUCUUACCUUGCUAGAAUGUGUCUACAAUCACUUACUUUUUUUGUGGUUUAAACACAAACAUGUUGUUUAUGGAAGAAGAAAUGAAAUAAAAUCAUC